AUGGACCACUACGCAACCCAAAUGAACCAAAGUUCCAUCCCAGGCCCGUCCCAAGAUGAUGAGCCUCAACCACAACUCCAACAUGCCGAACUCGUUCCUUUCGACAUGUAUGCCGAUCCAUCUCAGUACGCUCCACUUGGGCCAGCUCCCACAGCGUACGGAAUGGAGACCACAGUGUUCGAUGCUGGUGUGGCACCAUAUAGACUGCCACCCCUCAUGCCAGAUAUGAUGGGGUCUGCAGCCGUUCCAUCAUUCGAAGCGCAUUUUCCCCAGUCUCAGAUGGUCCCAGAACAAUUGUACGAUCCCUCCAUCCCUCCUCCAUUCGAACCCUAUUUCCCCCAGCCUCAGAUGGCCCCGGGGGCAUUGUAUGACCCCUCCAUCCCUCUUCCAUUCGAACCCUAUUUCUCCCAGCCUCAGAUGGCCCUGGGGGCAUUGUACGACCUCUCCAUCCCUCUUCGAUUUGAAACCUAUUUUCCCCAUCCAUGCCUUGUCGCUACCGGCAGGACAGGGAACAUCAUCAAAUCCUGUGUCAAGUGCCACGGCAUGAAGGUGCGGUGCGAGCGACCGGAGUCGGUCACUCCCAAUCCAACUCCAAAGCCUCAGCAGCUCCCCUCAAAACACGCGAAGUCCAAGGUGCCCUCAAGAAAAACCAGAGCAACGUCUCAUGCUCGCGUUGCAACUCCAAUCUUGGAGUCGGAAGAGUAUGCUAUCGAUGAGUCUGUUGCUGGCGAUAAAGCUGGUGACAUCAAUGCCGAUGCCGCUGCUGAUGUCGCUGCCGAUGUCAACAUCAAGAUGUCGGUCGACCCCCCAGUCGCGUCGGCAAACGACUUCCCUCCUGACCAUUGGAUUGAGCCCACCUCGGACAACAUGCCCUUGCGUAUUCCCACCCCCACUCCUGUCGCCAGCCCCCUUUCCCUCUCAUCGGCAUCUGUACCACUCACCAUCAUCUCUGUGCAUGAACGUGUACUUGCCCUUUCCGCUCAGGUCAAUGCCAUGAACCUCGGCGACCAGAUUUUCGCUGCCAGGCUGGAAGCCAUGGAGAAAGAAUUUGAGAUGCGCAUUUCCUCAAUGCGCGCGGAGCUUUCUGAGGUGCAGCAACAGGUUGUCCUCAAUGUGUCAUCCACAGAUGGCCCGAUCAACAUGGUCGAAAAACUUCGGCAGGCACAUGUUGCCACUAAUCCAUCAUUUCCUGCACCGCCGAUCAGUAAUCUCGGCGGUACCGUGGCCACCACACAGGUCCAAGCAUUGGGCAUGCAGUUUCUCAACGGCGUGUAUGGUCCUUCAGUCGCUCCCUCGGCAUCUCGCCCUUCCGGUUGGCCUGACCCACAGGGCCAGACUUUCACAUCCGGCCAUGCUGCCUCAAUUUCAGCAGUUGCCGGUCCUUCAUCCGCUCCUGUUGCGGAUCAACCUCAUUUUGAUUUGUCGCCGCCUUCUUCUGCGCCACCUGCUUCUGCCGCUCCCACUGUCUAA